GGAGCUGAUCUAUAGCAGAGCAGCCAAAGGACCAGACUUGAAGCCCCAGUCCCAGUUUUAAGCUGUUCACCUUGGUUAUUCAUUUAGCUUUCAGAGCCUGGGCCGUCUCUUAUCUACAGCACAUAUCUGAAGUCUCCGCCUCCCCAGCACCACCACAGAAAUGAGUCAGGAUUUACGUUUGCAGAACUAUCCCAGAUCCAUUUGUUCUAACGUGAUAUUUUAAGCAUGAGCUGACGCACCCACGGAAGCAAACUGUGGUUGCAAGUCAAGUAAAUGUGAAGCUUCCUGCCAAACCUGAAACUUUAUAGCUAUGGUUUGCGUAUAGCACAUAGAGUCACAAUAAUGUGACUAGAUGAGAAGUACCAAGGUGACACAAAGGAAAACACCAUACUCACAAAAUUAGGAAGUUAAAACCAGUACCCAGCGUACAUCAUCUUGCAGCACACCGUUGUGUCUUAUACUUGUGGACGCCCACCACAGAUCUUUGUGCAAGGUGAAGAAUCUACAGAAGAGGAAACAUAGAAGCUUUAACAGAAAAGAUAGCCUCAGCCCUAGGAAGUACUGCUAGUUCCUGUUAUUUCAUAUGCCAAAUGCUGGUUUCUCUUUCGAUGCAAGCAGAUUUAUUAGACUCCUCAGUCAAUGAAAGUAUCACCCGAAGAAACGCGGAAACAAGGUAUCUUUUAAAAAGAUGUCAGUCUCUGAAAAUAAAGCCUUAUGUAUUGGGGAUGCCAGGUGCCAUGAGGUUGAGGCACCGGACUUCCACAUGUCCAACCAUGGCUCAAGUCCCAGAUCUGGCAGCUUGCUUUCUCACUUCCCCUCUCUCUCUCUGAUUCAUGAAGAAAAACGAACUGGGACAACACUCCAUGGAUGCUUAGGGACACCCCAGAAAAUCUUUGAAGGUUCUUUGUCAGCGUUCUGGGAUAAUGAACACAUGGACCUUUAUUUGUUAAAUUCAGUUGAUGGCUUGAGCUAGCUCCCAGAAGUCUAGAUUCUGACUUCCAGACAUUGAUGUUUGUGGGAAAUUUAUCUUUAUCUGUACUUCAAAAGCAUUGGUGAAUUAAUUAGAGCUUUUGAAAACAAAGAAAAAACGGAAAAAUAAAUCUUAAUAAAGAUAAUUCAAUGUUGGAUACAAACAGUAAGGUAAACUUACUCUUCUGUUUGACUUCAAAGUAACAGAAUUGCCAUCCCCAAAAGGAAAAAUGAACAGCACCUGUAUUGGAGAACAGCAUAACCUGGAACACUAUUUGUUUCCUGUUGUUUAUAUCUUUGUAAUUAUAGUCAGUGUUCCAGCCAACAUCGGAUCAUUGUGUGUGUCUUUUCUACAAGUGAAGAAGGAAAAUGAACUAGGAAUUUACCUCUUCAGCUUAUCACUGUCUGAUUUGCUAUAUGCAUUAACUCUCCUUCCGUGGAUUGAUUAUACUUGGAAUAAAGACAACUGGACUUUUUCUCCUGCCUUGUGCAAUGGAAGUGCUUUCUUAAUGUACAUGAACUUGUAUAGCAGCACAGCCUUCCUCACCUGCAUCGCUGUAGACCGGUAUUUGGCAGUUGCCUAUCCUUUGAAGUUUUCUUUUCUAAGGUCAAGAAGAUUUGCAUUCAUGGUCAGCAUAGCCAUCUGUGUAUUAGAAGCCAUCUUCAAUGCUGUGAUGUUGUGGAAAGAUGAAACAGCCACUGAAUAUUGCAAUGCCAAAAAGUCCAAUUUUACUUUAUGCUAUGACAAAUAUCCUUUGGAGAAAUGGCAAAUUAAUCUCAGCUUGUUUCGGACAUGUUUCGGCUUUGCAGUACCUCUGAUCAUUAUAAUGAUUUGCAACCGGAAGGUCUACCAGGCUGUGCAGCAUAAUCAAGCCACAGAAAACAGCGAAAAGAAGAAAAUCAUAAAACUACUUAUUACUAUCACAUUGACUUUUGUCUUAUGCUUUAUGCCUUUUCACGUGAUGUUACUGAUUCGCUGCAUUUUAGAACACGAUAUGAGCUUUGAUGACCACCAAAGGUCUGGGAAACAUACUUUUGCAAUAUACAGAAUCACAGUUGCAUUAGCAAGUUUAAAUUGUGUUGCUGAUCCAAUUCUGUACUGUUUUGUAACCGAAACAGGAAAGUCUGAUAUAUGGAAUAUACUGAAAUUCUGCACUGGGAAGCAUAAGAAAUCACAAAGACAAAAGCAAGGCGUAUUUUCUGUAUCUACGAGAGAUACUAUGGAACUAGAGAUCCUGGAAUAGAAAAAAAAAAGAAGGUGGGAGUGGUUAUGCUUUAUAGUAUUAUAUCAUCGAUUUUGCAUUAUGGACAGGAAAUCUAGCAUGAGAGGAGACUAAAGUUUCUAAGUGAGUAUUUUAAUCUUGUCAAAUGGAAAUAGGCUACAAGUAUGUUGUUUAGCUCGCUCCCUGACUUCUAUUAAAUGAGGUUUAUUAAAUAAAAAUGUAAUAUUUC